UUCAUCAGGCUUCGACAUCAAGAAAUGGAGGCACAACUUGAAAGCACCAUCAAGGUAUGGAUUUUGGCUAUAAUCUCUCUUUCUUAUUGUUUCUACGUAUCAUCAAAACUCCCCAGAGGCAUAUUCAGGCUUAUUUCUUUGAUCCCAAUCUUCAUCCUCUUCCUUUACCUCCCUCUCACCAUCUCCUCCGCCCAUCUAUGCGGCCCCACAGCCUUCUUCCUCGCUUGGCUAGCCAAUUUCAAGCUCCUCCUCUUUGCUUUCGACCAACCACCGCUCUCACCGCCGCCUCCAAGCCUUUUCCAUUUCAUUUCCUUAGCUUCUCUCCCCAUUAAACCCAAACACACAACCCCAUCUCAAAGCAAAUCUAAACCACCCCAAAGAUCAAACAACACAACCUAUCUCCCAAAAUCAAUCUUGUUCGCCAUUAAAGUUGUAAUAUUAGCUCUACUUUACCAUUCUUAUAACUACAAAAAUUAUAUCCAUCAAAAUGUAAUUCUAGCAAUGUACUGUGUCCACACCUACAUCGAGCUUGAGCUCACUCUAGCCUUGGCGGCAGUCCCGGCUCAAGCCAUCUUUGGGUUUGAGCUCGAGCCACAGUUCAACGAGCCCUACCUGACCACCUCUUUACAAAAUUUCUGGGGUCAUAGAUGGAACCUCAUGGUUACUAGUAUUCUACGCCCUACCGUAUACUACCCCGUACGACGUAUUUCAGCUCCUCUACUCGGAUCGGAGUGGGUUUCCUUGCCGGCGAUCGUUUCCGUGUUCGUAGUCUCCGGGUUUAUGCAUGAGUUGAUUUAUUAUUACUUGACUCGAGUGGCUCCUACUUGGGAGGUGACAUGGUUUUUCAUCUUGCACGGUGUUGCGGUGGCGGUGGAAGUGGCGGUGAAGAAGGUGGUGUCCGACAAACGGAGGUUGCACCCGGCGGUUUCCGGGACAUUGGCUUUGGGAUUUGUGUCGGUCACCGCUUCUUGGUUGUUUUUCCCGCAGAUAUUGAGGAACGGUGUAGAUGAGAGAAUCAUCGGAGAUUACUCCAAGUUGUUGGAUAUUUUUAAGGGUUUGCCCCUAUCAUGAUUACCAUUAAUUUGAUUAUCGUUGUAAUGAAUAAAAUCAAGGGCAAACUACAAGUCUAUUA